AUGAUCGCAUACAUGUUUAGUUAUACACGAUUUUUUGGCUCGAUGGGUGAGGAUGGCGAUGACCCCUGGCUCUGGGGCCCCCAACGACUUGCGCAGGAGCUUUGUUCUACUGAGCAGCCCUGGUACCCCAGAGACAAGCCAGAGAGAUUCGUUUCGUUCGAGGUCCUCUCCAAGAACUUGGAGAAGCAUGACGUAGAUGGGGAGCUGCUUCUUACCGGCACCGGCCAACCCCUUCGUGAUCUUUUGAGAGACCUCGGCGCCGAUAGCCAUCAGAAAAGCAACAGGCUGCACACGGCCAUCAAGUUUUUGAAAGGGCGCAGUGUUGCCUUCCAAAGAUGGGAAGCCUCUGCGAGCCGGCCACUCCCCUCUGCUGGUCCGGGGCCUCUCCCUGAGUCUACUGCGAAUAUCCCGGCCAAGCCUGCGGCCGCCGAGCCUGUAUCCAAGUCUGUGACCAAUUCUGUGGCCAAUCCCGCGGCCCAGGAACUGAAGCAUCAGGCCGCGAAGCGCCGUUUCGAAGAUAUCAGCAUGUCUGAUGGUGAAGACUGCGUUUUUCUUGCACUCCCCGAGAGCGAGGAGCCGCUGCCGCCGAAGAAGAAGAAGGGCAAGGAGAAGAAGAAGAAGAAGAAGAAGAGGCUUGCACCGGCCCAGCUAACGGCAGUGCCUGCCUUUCUUUUACCUUCUAGAAGUGCGUUUUCUGUUCCGACCGAAGCGGAUAUCAUUACUCGCCCUCUGGAGCCCAUGAAGCCCAAUGACGGACUCAUGACUCUUUCGACCGGUGCGGUUGUUGGCUUUUUAGGCAUUACAAAGUCGCCGUGGACCGAAGCGCUGGACCCCGGCUUCUCUGAAUCGGAUAGCGAUGACAGUCCUGAACGCACCUUUCAAGUUUUGGAGACAGAGCGUGCUCCCGGACGCUCUUUGCAUGUGAAUAGAGGAAUGCGCGCCUUACUUCUCCGUCAAUACUCGCGUAUCGGCCAUCUUCUUACCAAUAAAUUCGACACGGCCCCGGAACCCGACUCUUUCCUCGCAAAUCAACUGCGUCGUGUCCACUCCAAGGAAUACGGCUCUUCUCACCUGGCAGACGAGGAACUCUUUGGUUCUUUGGAAGAUGACGACGACGAGCAGUUUGACCCGCAAACCCUACGUGAGAUUGAGGAGGAGGAAGAGGAAAUGGCCCGUAUGAAGCAGCAGGCCGCUACGUUGACCCUCAGCCAGGAUGUCGUGAACAGGACAAAGGCUUACUCUUUGUGGAUGGAGGCGCGCAGGGUCGGGUCUUCUAUCCGCCUCAACGCUGCCCAUGAAAAGCUUCGCGGCCUCGAGGUCCGUUUGGCCAAAUUACGUGAGACGAUUCUGGACUACACAUGGACUUCAGAGCGCAGGGUCCGCCAGCAAGGUGCUUGCCUAGAGCAGACGAUCGAGGAUAAGCAAGAAGUUGCCUUUCGCAUUAAGCUCUUCAGCAGCGGAGAGCCGCCGCAGAAGCCGAAUCUUAUUCGGCCUGCUAAGCCGAUCCGACGUAGACGAGAGCGUUCUGCCUCUCUUGACCCUCUUGAGGAAGAAUUGACCAGCGACGACGAUGAGCCGGUACCAGCGAGUGUUCCUUGGAUGACUCGUCGAAACGGAAUGCGCGAACGAGAUGUCAAGGACGCUACGACCAGGAUGCAGAUUUCAACCGCCCAAAUAGUGAUUGGCGAUGAACACCGGCGGGCAGCGAGCUCAAGCCAUACUCCCAUGGAUCUCGAUACGGAUUCCGACGAAGAUGAAGUCGUCAACAACUUGACCCCGGCCUUGAAGUCGGAUUCGAAACUGGACGACACGAGCAAGGCUCGGAAUAAGGCAACCUCCUUAUCCGAUGAGUUUUGGCUGCAGACUCUUUCCGCGCUUAUCACGAGACUCUUCAUAAGCUGGUACGAGGUUGGCCCAUUCCGGAUCGCCGAGCUUACGGCCGCGCGCCAACACCCUGAGAAGGUCGAGGCACAAAGACAUAGACUCGGAGCCUUCAUCAAUCUUAUUGUGCAGGUCGUCCCCCGCUUUCCCAAGAUCAUGGCCGUUGAUGAAUUAGGCGGGCGCAUUCAAGUGGCAAUGGAUGCGCAGGCUAUGCGCGUACGCCAAAUGGAGCAGGAGCGCCGGGAUAAAAUUGAAGAACGGCGCCACGAGCUUCGCCGAAAACUCGCCUCUGAUGUGCCCGUUGUCGGUGAUCGGUCUCGUCUCAUCAUCAACGAGUCGAAGGAGGAGAGCGAUGGAUUCAUCCACAUUGGCGGGGUUCCGGCGUCGCACAUCAAGAACCAUCAGGUGGAAGGUGUCAGAUUCCUGUGGAACCAGAUUGUUGUGCCUCCCGAGCAGCGCCACGGGUGUCUCCUGGCCCACACCAUGGGCUUGGGCAAGACCAUGCAAGUCAUCUCUCUUCUUCUCUCCAUACUCGACGCCGCCAACUCUAGCGAUCCAUCCGUCCGCUCCCAGAUUCCGGAAGACCUUCGCGCGUCGCGGACCGUCGUUGUCUGCCCCUCUUCGCUUGCUUUGAACUGGCGAGACGAGAUCCUGCUUUGGGAUAGCGAGAAGGCGCUUGGUGAUAUAUACAUCCUCGGUGGCACAACCAUGUCGCACAUGGACACGCGCAUGCUUCGCGAGAGUACGGUGGAAAAGUGGAGCUUUGGGGGCGGUGUUCUCAUUAUCGGCUACACUCUUCUAGCCCGACUUUUCACCGCCCACCCAUCUCUCAUUGGUCUCAUCCACCAGAGCGCCGCCAUCGUUGUCGCCGAUGAGGCGCACAACAUCAAGACCCUUACGACCCAGAUGCGGAAGGCGUGCGUCCCUUUCAAAACGCGGGCACGGAUUGCCCUUACCGGCUCGCCCCUGGCCAACAACGUUCGCGAGUACUUCUCCAUGAUUGAUUGGGUAGCCCCCAAUUACUUGGGUGGAUACAAGGAGUUUGAGGUGCGAUACACCACUGUGAUCCAGAAGGGCCUCUGGAGAAAUUCCUCGCCAGAGGAGAAGUGGGCCGCCCGUGCGGCUCUCAAGAAGCUUAGCACAGAGAUAGCGCCCAAGGUCCACCGCAUGGAUAUGAGUGUCCUGAGGGGCGAGCUGCCAGAGAAGAAGGAGUUUGUCAUGUUUAUUCCCCCAACCGACUUGCAGCGAUUGCUUUACGACGCCUUUACGUCCAUGCUGGACACCCAGCGUGACACUUGGGGCGCCAUCAGCUACCUCGCGUUAAUAUGCGCCCAUCCGCAAUGCUUCAUCGACAAGGCCAAAGCCGUUCUCAAUGGUACCGACGGUAAUAGUGACCCGGGGUCCGAUAAUGAGGAGGCUGAGGGCUCUUCUCGUGUUAUUCGGGAUCAGAAUGCCGAUAUUCGUGAGCGAAGGCCCGUCAUGACGCGAAAUAUUGCCCAGGCGAUGAUUGACCUCGCGUCGACAGAAGACGAUCUGUCUAGCAUCGAUCACUCUUGGCGCUUCAAGCACCUGAUGGUCAUUCUUGAGGAGGCCCGUGCCGCUGGGGAGAAGACCAUCAUCUUCUCCCGGCGGAUUAGAGCCUUGACCCUGCUUGAAAUGUAUCUACGGCAGCGAGGGCGACGCUGGUCGCGGCUCGACGGGACCACUCCAAUGAAGGACCGUCUUCCCAUGAUCAAAGACUUCAAUUCUAAUAAGGAGGUAGACCUUUUUCUGAUAUCCACAAAGGCGGGUGGAGUUGGCCUCAACAUCUACGGCGCCAACAGGGUGGUUAUUCUCGAUUACGAGCACAAUCCCGUAUGGGAGCAACAGGCAAUCGGACGAGCCUACCGCAUUGGACAAACCAAGCCGGUUUUUGUCUACUGGUUCGUCAUGUGGGGUGCUCAUGAGUGGAAAAUCCACAAUCGGUCCGUCUUCAAGAACCAGCUAGCGCAUCGCGUUGUCGACAACAGACACAACAUCCAGUCGUGGUCUCAGGACGAAAGCGCGUCAUGGAUCCGGCCGCUCUGGGAUCUGGAUGGCGAGGUCGAUAUUCGGAUCAGGACCGAAGAUGGAGAAGAGAGGACCGUCUCCGUGCGCCUGACUGUUCCAAAGUCGGAGGCGAAGGCGAUUGCUGGCAAAGAUCGAAUCAUGGAUCGCUUGUUGGGCGAUCAAGAGACUAGCUCGCAAAUUCUCACUGUCAUCACUUCAGAUGUCUUUGAAGAGGAAGACCCCUCUCUGAAGCGCCGGUGGUCGGUUUGGUUUUACUAUCUGGUCCCCACUUUUAAGCAAUACAUGGGGAGGGUUCCAUGGGAAUCUUUCGCGCCCAUUACCGAGUCUCUCAUGAGCGGAGCACCCGGAACUAUGGCGUACUGGCUAUCUGAAGCGAUUACCGUGGAGAACCUGCCCCGCGCCUAUGAAAGACUCACAGAUGCUGUGAUUCGAUUGAGUGAGCCGCGGGUGCUGACUGCUUUCCUCCGCGCCUUGAUCGAGCCUCACAUUUUCUUCGACGCAUCAGCCCAGUUUCUUGAAGCAGCUAUUGCUUCCGCCAUCGAUUCGCCGCUCUCGCCCCUUGCACCCAUGGACAACUUGAUACGACCCUACCCGGUCCUUCCAGCUCCCCAGGUAAACGCAGAGCGCCAGCCCGCCCAGGUUGGCCAGGCCCCUUGCAGCGGCCGCUUGCUCCCCCUCACCAGCCGGAAGCGCACCCCGCACCUGCCGCCAGGCUUCGGGAUCCAAACCAUUUAUCGGAGUUCCUCACCCACCGAAACCGCGACCAUCUCCGAGACGGAGCUUUACCCCGGCGGUUCCAGCCGCCCCCACUUCAACAGCAUCCGUCGCAGCAGCAGCCGAGGCCGCAAGAGCGAUAUGCGCGGCAGUAUGAGAAAUCCCUCUACCCCGGUGGGCCAGCGAUGCGAUACGAUACAAUGGCGAUACGCCGCGGAACCGCGUAAGCUCGGCUCCGACUCCGACGACCUACACGCCAUCCCGGCUGCCGGCGAGACCUAA